AUGCAAUUUUAUAACCGAAAGUAUGGCACAAAUAUUAAAAUUAAAAAAGACGCGCGUACAGCAUACCGUAUUGGGUAUUGGCGGCAAAAGUCAAAACGUGAAGGCGGCUGUCUUGUGCCUAAAAUUACAAAUAUAUUACCGUCAGAAAAUAUCGGGGGUGAAUGCAUAGUACCCUCGGAUAUAGAAUUAGCGGAUACUUCAUUUAAAAUUCCAAAAAAAAUUGAUUUGUUGUUAGGCGCGUGUCAUUUUUUCGAAAUAUUGGGUAAACAAAAAAUUAAACCGACAAUAAAUGGACCAAUAUUUCAAGAAACUCAAUUGGGCUGGAUUGUUUCCGGCUUAGUAACAUCAAAAUAUACGAAUGGCAAACCAAAUAAUGUAAAUUGCCAUACCGCGUUAGUAGAGGAAAACAGAAGUACUAAUUUGGAAAUUAUGGUAUCAAAAUUUUGGCGUACAGAGGAGUUUGAAGCGGCAGUGCCAUAUACUACGGAAGAAAAAAAAUGUGUCGAUCACUUCGAAAGGACGGUUAAUCGAAAUGAAAACGCAUUAGAGCGCCGAUUGCAAAAUGACGAAAAAUUAAAAAAAGAUUAUAUUACGUUUAUGAGCGAAUAUGAAACGUUAGGUCAUAUGGAACUCGUAAAAAAUGAAGAAAAGUUAGGUGAAACGUGUUAUUUACCGCAUCAUGCGGUAAAAAAUGAGAACAGUAAAACAACGAAGUUGCGAGUAGUGUUUGAUGCGUCCUGUAAAACGGAAUCCGGAUAUAGUUUAAACGAUACACUAUUGAAAGGGCCGGUUAUACAGGACGAACUGCUAUAUAUAAUAUCAAGAUUUAGAACACAUAAAUUUGUAUUAACGGCCGAUAUACAAAAGAUGUACCGCCAAGUAUUGGUGACGAAGCAAGAUAGCGAGAAACAACGAAUUUUAUGGCGCGCGGACCCCUCAUUGCCAAUACAAAUUUAUCGUUUAACAACACUUACUUAUGGAACAGUACCGGCGUCAUUUUUGGCAACAGCAUGUUUAAGGAAAAUAUCUGAACUAGAAUCGUCAUAUGUAAAAGCUUGUGAGGCAAUUAGAAACGAUUUUUAUAUGGACGAUUUCCUAAGUGGCGCGGAAACGAAGGAAGAAGCGAUAAAGUUACGUGACGAAGUAAUUUUAAUAAUGAAAAAAGCAGGCAUGACGUUAAGAAAGUGGUCAUCAAAUGAACCAAGUAUAGUUAGUUGUAUGUCAGAAAAAGAAAAUGCGAACGAGUGUAUUUUUGAAGAAGAAUCAAUAACAAAAAUACUCGGACUGUAUUGGAAUGCGGAUGCCGAGACCCCGGCGAUAUUCGACCCGUUGGGACUGGUCGGUCCAAUUAUAGUACAAGCAAAAUUAAUAAUACAGAGUUUAUGGAAAAUUCGUAUUAGUUGGGACGAGCCAUUACCAGAUAACAUACGUAUAGAAUGGGUCAAAUAUAGAAAAGGUUUAUCGAUGUUAAACAAGCUGACCAUACCACGUAAUAUCGGGUGUAAUAAAAUAUUAGCAAAUAUACAAAUACACGGAUUCGCAGACGCAAGUAUCAAAUGUUACGGAGCGUGUAUUUUUUUACGUAGUACCAAUGAACAAGGAGAACACACAGCCAAAUUAAUAUGUGCAAAAUCAAAAGUUGCCCCACUUAAAGUUAUAUCAUUGCCAAGGUUAGAACUAUGUGCAGCACUUUUAUUGGCGCGUUUAGUGAGCCGUAUUGUUCCGAAGUUAAAAUUAAAUAUCGCGAAAAAAUAUUUUUGGUCCGAUUCAAAAAUAGUACUAUCAUGGAUAGCGUCUCCAUCGACAAAAUGGAAGACAUUCGUGGCACACCGUAUCGGGGAGAUACAGGAUCUGUCCAACAUAACAGGUUGGGCAUAUGUUAAGUCAUCGGAAAACCCGGCUGAUAUAAUAUCACGCGGGUGCGACGCAGAGCAAAUAUCAAGUAUUAAUUUGUGGUGGAACGGACCGGAAUGGUUAAAAAACAAUAUCGAGGAGUGGCCGAUAUCAGAAAAAACCAGCCAAAAUGAUAACAUAGAAAUGCUACCCGAAGCGAAAACAGUACGAAAUAUAGCUCUUGUGGUGACUGACGAAUUUAUAUUAUUCAAAAGAUAUUCGUCGUUAAAUAAAAUAUUGCGUAUUGCGGCGUAUUGGUUACGCUUUAGAGAUUUUUUAGUGAAAAAAUCUAGUGCCUCAGUCGGACCACUGAGAGCAGAAGACUUAGAACGUGCAAAUAUUGACGAUAAAGAUAUAUUGAGAGUUGGAGGUCGAUUAAAAAAUGCAAGUACAAUAGAGGUAUUUCAACGACAACCUAUUAUUUUACCAGGUGACAGUAUUUACACGAAAUUGUUAUUUCAGCGUGAACAUAUUAUAAGGUGUAUGCACGGAGGCCCAUUGGCGAUAUUAGCCUUAGUGCGAUUAUACUAUUGGCCGUUGAAAGCACGAAAUAUCGCUCGAGCGACGGUUCAUAAAUGUGUUACGUGUUUCAGGCAAAAACCGGUGUUCGUUGAACCCAUAAUGGGUGAUUUACCUCGUGAACGUAUAGAACCAUCGCGUCCUUUUAAAAUCAGUGGUAUUGAUUUCGCGGGACCGUUGUUAAUCAAAGACAGCUUAAAAAAGCGAGCAUCACUUACAAAAGGCUACGUGUGCAUUUUCGUGUGUUUUGCGACUAAAGCGGUUCACAUAGAAUUAGUAAUUGACCUGAGCACAAAAUCAUUCUUAAAUGCUUUAAAUAGAUUUUUUGAUAGAAGAGAAUGGCGGUUCAUUCCCCCGCGAUCACCGCACUUUGGGGGUCUGUGGGAGGCCUCAGUGAAAUCGAUGAAAAAUCUGAUAGGUAAAGUGCUAAGCGAGUCGCAUUUAACGUACGAAGAACUAAAUACUAUACUUACCCGGGUAGAAGCAUGCCUUAAUUCCCGCCCUUUAACCGAAAUGUCAUCCGAUCCUUCCGACUUAACAUAUCUUACUCCUGCGCAUUUCCUAAUUGGAGAAUCUCUGAUGGUCAUACCGGAAAGGGAUGAAAGUACAAUCCCGGCGAAUCGAUUAGACCGGUGGCGUCGUGUUCGACAAUACACGCAAAUUUUGUGGAAACGAUGGAGCAACGAAUAUUUAAAUCAAUUGCAAGUAAGAAAAAAAUGGUCAGUGGAGAGAGGUCCCACCUUGGCUAUCGGAACAAUCGUUUUGAUGCGUGAUGAAAAUAUUAAGCCACUAAAUUGGAAGCUAGGACGGGUACUGUCGGUCAGCCACGGAGAGGACGGAGUUAUUCGUACGGCGUUGGUGAAAACUAUGACGGGCGAGUACAACCGAGCGGUACGAAAUUUGUGCCCGCUUCCGGUUGAUGAUAACAUGGGUUAA